AUGCCAAACACAGCUACCGCCACCACGACCGUGAGCGAGAGGCCGGUAUCUUCUAUGAGACUAAGCACUUCUCUGCAGUCAUCGACGGUUAGCAUUUCAUACUGGAAUGUUAAUGUUCCGAGGGCUCAAUGGACGGUCGAAUGUCCCAGUUUCCUAAGGGACCAGUCCGAGAAGAAUAUCAUCAUCCUCUCCACGCCAGACGAACAAUAUCAGAGACAAGGAUGGGAAUUGGUGCGACAAAUAGUCGAAACCAACAAGAUUGACCAGUUUCAACGCUUACCUAGUGAUCUGAGGAAUUAUUUGGAGUAUAAGGAGCAGAUCAUCGCCAAGUAUGGGUCCAUCAUGCGCUUUGUAGUCAAGGAGCGGCUCUGCUGGGGAGAGGGAACCGCCGAGGACCUGAAACCCAAGGGACGGCCGUUCGAGUACGAAGAGGAUAUGCGGAUUCUACAAAAUGACUGGCCCUACGGUUUGACCGAGGGUGUUGUUCACCUAGUAGUAUGGACGAAAUUCGCACUGGAAGACGAUCCGGCCACGGACGACUUGACUCCACGCGCAAGACAGGAGAUUGAUGCCUUCGUGAAACGAACAUUCUGCUCGCGGAUGGCACAGGACGAGGUUGUAUGGUUCAAGAACUGGAGGUCGCUCAAGUCAGUGCACGCCGUCGAACACUUCCAUGUCAUGCUGCAUAACCCGGAUCCAACAUUUGUCGAGGAGAUUACCGGAGCAGAUGUUCCUUGGACAGCGAAGCGGGCGUGA